AUGACUGUCACGGAAACACUCUCGCCAACCAGCCUUCGUACCGCCAAGGCUACUCAAAAGAAGGCCACCACCACCCCUCGCGUUGUUGUCAGAAAGCCCAACCCCGGUGACAAGACAAAGACCCUCAACGAGAUUGACGAGCGUAUCGCCCAACUCCGUCCUCAACUGGACGCGGUACGAGAAUCAAUCAACGCGUUGACACAGACAGACAAGAAGGAGGCAGAUCCUCGAGUAGGACUCCGUAAACGCUUGAAUGAGCUCCGGGACCUCCGGGCUGCCAACAAGAAGGGCAAACAGGGCAAGAUCGAUCAAAUGAAACCCUCGACGCCUCCCUCAAGAAGAGGCAAACUAAACAAGCAGGUCGAGUCAGGAAAGCUCAAACUCGUCGAAGAGAAACGCACCCUCGCCGAAAUCUCAACUCUGACCAAGUCCAAGAAAUCCUAUACCCUCCUCCAAGACCACCAACGCGCUAUCGACGCCGACAAGGAAGCCAUCAUCCUCCUUAAGGCCACCCUCGAUGCUAAUGAUUCCUACAAACUCCUCUCCGACGAGUACAACUCUCUCCAAUUUCAGGUCGAUGAGAUUUCAAAGGCCAAGGAUGAGGGCUGGAAGAAGAGGAAUGAUCUAUUUGACGAGCGGACUCGACUCCAACGAAAGCUGGACGCGACGUUUGCACUGAAGAAGGCAGUCAACGAUGAGUACUUCUCGGAGUUGAGGCAGCAUGCAAAGUACUUGCAGGACGAACAGCAGAGGAAGAGGGAGGAGAUCCAGCAGAGGAGGGAGGCAGAGUUGGAAGAGAAACGACCUGCGAUUGCUAGGGAGGAGCGGGAGUUGGCAGAGAUCCCGGCUUUCCAGCAAGAGAUCACGACCUGCGAUAGUGUUUACAAGUACCUCUUGCAGUUCAGUCAUGACCAGAACAGAGUUGCUGCGGCCAAUGCUACCGCUGCGGCUGCUAACGCGAACAAUGGAACCAGCGCUGCUAAUAUUCGACAGGCGGAUACCACUGCAAAUGUGCCGACGAGUGUGAUGCUGGCCAAGAAGGCUGAUAAGAAGGCGGACGUCUUCUUUGUGGGCGGUGGGUGCAAGUCCAUGAAGACGACCAAAGUCCCCAAGGAGAAGAAGGCAACCGACAGCACCCAUUCUUCACCAACAACGACCUCGACAACCACUGCUACUCUCAAGUUCUCCCUCGCCAUCAUGGAGCAACUCUUCGAGCUGAAGGUGACGGUUCCAAGAUCGCCCGCAGAUCUCGAAAAGACACUAGACGCCCUUUUGGAGAAGAGCACAAUCCUGAAGGCAAGCCAAGCUUCUACCACGGCCGAGAACACAUGCAAGGCCGAAGAAACGAUCGCCAAAUUAACCCUCGCCGAUCUCGGGACCACCAUCACGACCAGCAUCGAGCACGUAGUCGAGACGACUGAAAUCGUACCCCAGAUCCAGGCCACCGCUUGA